AUGGAUCCCAACGUCCCCCUAAUCCUCCACCAAGUCGCCAAAGAAAUUCCCCGCCCCGUCGUCGACGCAAUCUUCACCUUCCACUUCUGGGGCAUAACCCCCUGCGUCUACGGCCGCGUGACCAGUGCCCGGAUGCUACGCGCGUUGAUGAAGCUGUUUCAUCAUAUGGAUGAGAUGCAUAAGCCGAGGAGCUGGGUGGAAGUUUGUGAUUUUACGAGGGAUGCCGGGCCGAGAUUGCUUUCUUGUGCUGUUGCGAGGGGUGUUUUGCCUGUUAGUAGGUGGUAUUCGGACCCGCCGGUGCUUGAUGUGGGGACGGGCGUUGGGUUUGUGAGGCCGGGCCAUGCGUCGAAAUUGCUGCCGGAUGUGUAUGUGGAGAGGAUGUUGUUGAGUUCUUCGGUUGUGCAGGGUGAUUCGACAGAUGCAGGCCAGGAUGGUAAAGGUGAGGAGAAUGGAAAUGGCGACGCCCAAAUGCAAGAUGUGACCAUGACUGACCCUACAUCCAGCUCCACCGAUGUCGGCAGCUUCAUCCAUCUCCCACCCGUCCAACACCAUCCCGUGUUCGAAGCAGUCGAAAGAGCCGUCAUGCAGUUCGCCUACGCAGACCUCGAGCGCGAUCCCACCGCAGCUCCUAGAUCCCCUCGUCCACAGCUCCUCGCUACAUCCGAAGACGACCUCUACAAAUCAAUCGUCUCCUCUGUCCCCGCUACAUCCAAAGUAGCCAUCAGCAACACAAUGAUCAACAAGGUAAGUAGGCUCCUCGACGCCGGAUCUACAGUCUACGACCGCAAAGAACCAGGCUGGAACAUUCGUCUCUCCCGCGCAGAAAAGACCUUCAUCGACGCCACAGACGCAAACUGGGACGUGCUCUCCCGCGACGAAAGCACCACCCUCCGCGAUACUCUCUGGAACGUACUCGCUGAAGAAUCCCCCGCGGUCAGAGUCGGCCGGUUCAACUCCGUCUGGAGCGUCUGGGCCGCGGCCACAUCUAACAUCCGCCAGUUCCAGCUCUCCUGCGUCGAGACGAUAAUACACUGUUCGUGUCGCCGAGCAUACCAAGCCCCAUCGACAUCGACUUCCUUCCAGUCAUCCUUCGUCACGCCACCUGUCCACCCCAACGACAAAGACGGCGUCUCCAUCCAAGAAGUCAUCUCCCGCCCCUUCGCACCGGGCUCUCUAUCUCCCUGCCGCGACUGCUCCCUCGAAGACGCAGUUAUCCGCGAGCGACGAAUCACAUCCCUCCCGCUCCGCAUGAUCGUCACCCUCGACGAGCACGUAACCGUCAACAACCACACACAGGACUUUUCCUUCUCCUACCUCGACGCCAAUGGUGUGCCCCAAACCGCGACUUACCGCUGGCUCGGGGGCGUGUACAUGCACAACAACCAUUUCCGCGUAUGUUGGACGGAUGAAGAACGCGGGGAGGCUGGUGAGGGUGCGGUGAAGAUGUACGAUGGGAUGCAGAACGCGGGACUUAUUGUUGGUGGUGUUGGGCCUUAUCGGGCUGAUGAGAGGGUGCCGCCGAAUUGGUUCUGUGGGAGGACUAUUCCGUUACUUGUUUAUGAGAGGGUUAUCGAUCCGCAGCCGGAGGUGUUGAAUAGUGCUAUGCAUGCGGUCUGUGGGAUGAUGAAUGCGUCUGUUGCGGGCGUGCCGGUUUUAAAUGGUCAUGUUCCGUGGGCUGCAUCGGGAAAGGCUCAGGUGCAAGGUAAAGUGUGGAAUCCUAUCCUGCCGACGUUUGGAAAUAAGUUCCAGGUUAUUCCUACCCCUUACAACCCACCCGUCACCAUUGACGACACCACUAUCACAUCUACAGCUGAUUUCCAGACCCUACCCCAGAUCCAAGACCAAACCCACCCACCAAUCCCCUCAAUCGAAAGCUCCCACACCCUAUCCCUAUCACCCCCCAACCCCUUCACCAUCGACCCCCAAGCAACCCUAACCACAUCCACCUCCCCAUUCAAAAUCUCCACCACCCUACCGGUAAGCAUUCCCAUAACCCAGCGCCUAAACCCCAGCAACAGCGCCUUUCUGCCCAGCGCAGACCCCGAACUAACAGGCAUCGCCGGACCAGCGAGUAUGACUCCUGGACCUAGGUGGUACGCGCCGGGUGGGGUUUUGUGGAUUCCGACGCCGCCGGAGCGGGAGGGACAGCAGGAGAUGAAGAUGGAGAUGGAGGGGCAGGAGCAGGAGCAGGACAGGGAGGAGGUGUCGCCGGAGUGGGACGCUUGGAUUAGGAUGUCGCCAGAUGUGCAACUGGGGGUUGUUAGGGUUAGUAGCCCUGGGAGGGGGAGGAGGACUGGGGGUAAAGGUGGGAAGGAUAAGGAUUCGAAGGGGAAGAAGGUUGUUCAGGGGAGGGUUGAGAAGAAGGGGAAGGCUUAA